GAUUUUCCAUUCAUCUUCUUCCCUCUUCACAUUAAAUAAAUUCCUCGAAGCAAAAGCCGACAUUCAUCAUCACCAAACUCUCAUCAGGUCAAAUAGGAUGGAAUGGCUAUGUGCAAUAACAGUAAAAUAUGGUAUCAUUCUCACUCUCGUUCUCAUUCUCGUCCUCGUCCACACUGUUGGUCAACCAAUCAAUCUCAUAUGCCAUCUUCCCCCUUUCCCAUUUGCAACAUCAUCAUCCUCCUCUGCCUCUGCCUCAUAUCAAAUAAUCCCCAUUCUAAGUACAAGUGUACUCCCCGUCCCCAUUCCCAUCCCCCAAGAUUAUUCUUCCCCAGUCUUAAACUCACACAUCCAACCCACCAGUACCUCUUACCCUCUCAUCCCCUCCUCUCGUCCUUUUAUUUUAUCAUCCUCUGCCUCGCCCCAUCUCCAGCUCCCACGUCUUCUUCCCUCACUCUUAUACCCAUAUCCUAUACCACAUCAUAUCAUGCAUUGCGUGCAGCCAUCCCAAACCCCAAUUGAAUUCCAUCCCAUAAAAAUCCAUUUAUCCAUCCAUCCAUCCCUUCAAAAAAUCCCAAAAUCCAUGCCCAAAACACAUGUAAUGCAAUGCUCAUUCCAUUUACCCAUCCAAAGAUGAAUAUAAUUUGGAUACGAAUAUGAAUGUAUGAAUAUACUAAAAACCCGAAAAGAAACCCCCUCGAUGGAAUCUUCACAAGCGAAGCACUGCUCCACUUAUGAAUCUUCUUCUCAUCUCAUCAGUCCAUCUUCCCGAAAAGGGGUAUAUAAGAUCCAGUGCAAAUGCAUUUUCAGAUUCCCAAUCCCAUUCGUAAUCCAAUAAAAAUUCCCAUUAUCUCCAAGACCUUUCA